AUGCCGGGCGGCCGCGGCUGGCGGGCGGCUCGGUGCGGCGCGGCUCGGCCGAUGGCGGGGGGUGGGCCGGGCGCGGGGCGCUGGGGGCGGCGGGGUGCGGCGGCGGCGGCCCUGGCCCUGGCCCUGGCCCUGGCCCUGGCCUGCCUGUUACUGCUGCGGGGCGCGCUGCUGGGCGCGGCGGCGUUGGGCGCGGCGGGGGCCUGGUGCGCGAUGCGGCCCGGCCCGCCCGCGCCGCGCCCGCCCGGCAAAGCUGCCGCCAACGGGGGCCCGGCCGCCCGCGAGGGCCGGCCCGCGAGGGCCCCGCCGUGCCGCCUCGGGGCCCCGCCGGCCGCCCCUCACUGCCCGCCGCAGGCUCCGCGCCGCCGGUACCCGCUGCCGCAGACCCGAAGCGCCAUGCCGGUCGGCCUGCCCGCCGCCCGCUGGGAGGGCUGCUCGCCCAGGAGCGCGCCCUGGGCUCGCCGGGCCGGCCCACUCCGCAGCCCCGUCACCGUGAGGAUCGCCCGGCCGGACGCCGGCCUGACCCGCUCCCUAGCCUUGGAGCAGCUGGUCUCACGCAUGGCCUUCCCGGCCAACAGCAGCCUGGACCCAUGUGCAAAAGAGACUGUGCUGAAUGCCAUCAAGGAGAGCAGGAAGAGGGCUGUGGAGCAGGAGGAGGAGGAGGAGGAGGACCAGGCUUUUGGGAACGAUCAGGAGAGCAAGAGAAGGCGCCACGAUAGCACGGGAAGUGGGCAGUCGGCGUUUGAGCCUCUGGUAGCCAAUGGUGCCCCUGCCUCUCUCAUACCCAAGCCUGGCUCUCUGAAGAGGGGCCUUGUCUCGUACUGCCUGGAUGACUGCUCAAACAAGAGGUCACGCACCUCUUCCAUGAGUUCCCUCAACAAUACAUAUGCUGGCGGGAUCCCCAGCUCCAUCCGCAAUGCCAUCGCCAGCUCCUACAGCUCCAGCCGGGGCCUCUCACAGCUGUGGAAGAGAAGUGGUGUGAGCAUGUCCCCACUGUCCAGCCCAGCGUCCUCCCGCUCCCAGACACCAGAGUGGCCUCUCAAGAAAGCCAGGGAAGAGGAGUUGCAUCGCUCCAACACUUCCACUCCAGUGAAAUCAGACAAGGAGCUGCAGACAGAGAAAGUGGUGGAGACGCCAGUGCGGAAGAAGCAGAAUUCCCUGAGCCCACCAUCCAUGUCGGGGAGCAGCGGGAAGCGCAAGCGAAAGAUCCAGUUGCUGUCGUCUCGCCGGGGGGACCAGCUGGCGCUGCCCCCACCACCUCAGCUGGGCUACUCCAUCACGUCAGAGGACCUGGAUGCAGAAAAGGCGGCAGCAUUGCAGUGGUUCAACAAAGUCUUGGAGGAUAAGGCUGAUGUGGACCCCAGCACCACUGCAGAGACUACGCCUGUGUCCAGGCCACUGGCGUUCACCGUGACGUCCCCGGGGCCUGCGCCUGCCUCGACAGCUCCUGCCCCGGCCAGCACCAACUCACUCCUGGACAGCCUGAAGAAGAUGCAGAGCAGCCAGGCUGUGCCCACGCCAGCAGACUCCACUGGAGCUGUGGUAGCAUCCCAGCCGCCUUCAUCAGCUGCACAGCUGCCUGCUCCUGCUGUAUCGCUGGAGUCGAGUUCUCUGCCUGCCACCUCUGCUGAGACCAAGCCUGUGCCCGUGUUGAGCACGCCUGCCCCUACUGCCCCCGCUGCCUUGGGGGUGCAGGCCCCCAGCAGUCUGGCACCUCCUGCGUUGACAGAGCUGGGCCAGACCCCCAGCAAACCUCCCUCCUUCCCGAAGCCAAGCAUCCUUUUUGGGAUGCUGAACACCCCACCUGCCAGCCAGGCAGCAAUGACUGCAGCUGCUGCUGUGCCCACCACGACCACUGCUGUGCCCACCACGACCACUGCUGUGCCCACCACGACCACUGCUGUGCCCACCACGACCCUUGUCUUUAAACCCAUCUUUGGUGCUUUGCCGAAAAGCGAGAGCACAGCACCCUGUACGGCUGUCAUCUCCACCACAGUCACCGUGUCUGCAAACUCAGGCCCUUCCUCAACAUCCUCCACCACCACCAUGUUCAAGCCUAUCUUUGGCAGCGUCACCACAGCUUCAUCUCCAGCGAAGGCCUCUCCCUUUGCCUUCAAACCAACGUCACAGCCGGCCUUGGCUGCAGAUCUGCCAGCAGCCUCCACGACUACCCUGGCAGGAUUCACAGGUCUCCCUAACGUCAUCUUCACCACCGCAGCUACGACUGCCACUACGCAGAGUUCUUCCACAGAUGCCACUAUUAAACCUGUCUUCAGCUUUGGACUCAACCCCCCCGCCUCCACUGGCCCCACUGCCAGCCUGACCGUCUCCGCUGCCACGUCCACCAGCACGUCUCAGCCCUUCCUGUUCGGGGGCCCAGCCAGCUCAGCUCCCAGCACAGAAACCAGCUUUGCCACCCCAGGGCCUGUGUUCCAGUUCGGAAAGCCACCUCCAGCCACGGUCACUGCCACCACCAGUGUCCCAGGAGGCCCUGCCUUUGGCCAAGCACCUUCAAACUCAACAGCUCCUACCACCACUGUGGGCUUUAGCAUAUUUGGGGGCACCACGCUGACCUCUUCUACCCCAGCCACCACAGGUCAAGCAACGUUGACGUUUGGCUCGUCUGUUUCAGCUUUUGGCAGUUCCUUCAGCACAAAUGCGAAGCCGCCACCACUGUAUCCCGGCACAGCAAGUCAGCCCGCCUUCAGUGCUGGUGCUGCGGAGAGCCAGCCGCCUGCCAGCAAGCCCGCUGCUGGCCCCGUCACCUUUGGCCCCCCGUUCAGUUUUGGAACCCCUGCGGCCCAGUCCCCUGCUCAGCCGGCAUUCGGCAGCAGUGCUCAGCCAGCCUUUGGCACAACCAGUACCCAGGUUUCCUUCGGCACCAGCAGCACUCAGGUGGCGUUUGGAACCACCACGUCGGUCUUCUCUUUUGGGACAGCCACCUCCACCACCGCCAGCUUCGGUUCCACCACGCAGACCACGAGCAGCAGCACUGGCACCGCUGUCUUUGGCACCACCCCUUCUCCUUUCACCUUUGGGGUGACUGCCCAGCCGGGCCCCUCUGCCAGCACCUUUGGGAUCAGCGCGCCCACCCUGAGCACCGGCUCCCCCGCCGUGGGGUUCAGCUUCGGGGCUGGGCAGAGCGGGGCAGCCCCGGUGGCAGCGCCGUUUGGCUCUUCCCUGACGCAGAGCACGCUGGGUGCACAGAAUCAGAGCACUCCCUUCGCCUUCACUGUGUCCAGCACGCCCAACAACAAGCCGGUGUUCGGAGGAACUCCUGCGCCCACCUUCGGGCAAAGCACGCCCGUGCCAGGAGCAGUGGGGAGUGGAAGCAGUAGCCUUUCCUUUGGGACGCCUAGCGCUCCUGCCUCGGGCUUCGGAGGAGUCGGCGCUUCCUUUGGUUCAUCCACCCCAGCCUUUUCCAUCGGAGCAGGAUCCAAGACAGGCGCUCGCCAGCGGCUGCAGGCACGGAGACAGCACACCCGCAAAAAGUAACCUCUGGUGCUGCUGGGCCCCUGCCGCCGGCCUGCACGAGGAGCCCCUGCACUCGCAUGGGGGGCUCCGGUCUAGAGUCGUCCCUGUGGCGGGAUCAGUGGUGAUGGGGCCAGGUUCCCUGUCUCUGAUGCCAGCCAGAGACCAUGCUGGGUGGCAGUGACUGGGGUGGGACAGGAUAAACCAAACUCUUCUUACUUGAACAGGUUCACAGCCAAGGCUGGAUGAACCUCUGUACAUAUCUGCAGCGUUUCCUCCCUCACUUUAUUUUGCCAUGUUUCAUAACGUGUAAAUUUUUCCCCAUUUGCUUCUUCUAGCUGUUCCCAUGCUUUCCUCCCCAGCCCCCCGACAGUCAGCCCCCUCCCCUGUGGCAUAGCAGCUGGCAGAGCUGCACGUCUCCACUCGGAGCCUGGCUGGAGACAUGCUGCGUUCCUGCUGGCUGCCGUUCCAGGCUGCUGAGGGAUGCUGUCUUCACCAGGUCCUGAAAUCUUUCCCCAUUGUUUCAUCCCAUGGACUGGUGAACACACUCCCUCUGGCUUCAUUGCUGUCCCUGCAGAACACGAGCCGGGGUUAGUGCCAGCCAGGCCUGGGCGUCUCAGUGCCAUGGGCAACUGACCCAGCUGCAGCUGGGUGACGACCCCCUUGCUGUGACUUACAUCUCCCAUCAGACCUCCAGCCGAGGACGUGCUGUAGCCUGGGACCUCGGCUGGAGGCAUGGGUUGGGGAUGAGGGUCCCUCCACCCUCUCCCAGCUGCCGAGCAGCCCUGCCAGGCUGCGGACUCCCCCCACCCUGCUCGUGUAAAGCCCCCUCUGUUUUGCUUUAUUUGCGCUCCUGUUUCAAUGCGCUUGUUGAAUCGAGUUUGGAGGAAGAACUGAACCGUGUGUGUGGCGGCAUGUUGGUUAUGCCGGAUUUGCUGUUUGGAGUUUCUUUUUUUUGUGGGGCACCUGUCCCUUUGUGGGGGACGCGCCCUAGCUAAUUGGGUGUUGACAGUAGCAUCACUGCGUGGCUGCUCGUGCUGGGGGAGUUGUCCCUUCGUUGUCGUGACUGAAAGGCAGGCAGCAGGGGUUGGGGGGAUGGGGCCUGGACCCCCAGGCGUGGGGGCCCCAGCCCUGGCAGUCUCUCCCUUCCCUUCCCCUCUCUCUCACCUUGGGGUGCUCUGGAGCCGCUAAUGGAAGGAGUCCAGAGCGGAUGGGUUUCCACCCCCCUCCCCAAAUCCAAAUUGUUUUUCGUUUUUAGCUCAUACCCCUCCUUUCGGGUUUUACCAGCUCCUAGGAGCUACGGUGCUGCCUCCCUUGUUCCCAUCAAGCCAGGAGUGGGGCCCUUCCCCUGCCUGGGAGCUCCUGUGGGAAGAGACUGCCAGAGUCAGGGGUCAUCCAAGAGCUGCCCCCCACUCUGUCCCUGGCGAGGGAUGGGCACCCCUGCCCAUGGGCUCCCCACCACUUCCAGGAGUGCUUUGCUGCCGGGUUUUUUACUCUCCGAGCCGUGUGAGUGUGUGUGUCUGCUGAAGUCUAAAUUAAAAAAAAAAAAAAGAAAAAAAAAAUUGCAAACAAAUAUUUAAACGUUUUUUAACAAAAUAAAAAUUUAUUUUUAUAUUUAAGCUGAAUUGCCUUUGAAUUCCUUCAAGCUUGGUUCAGUGAGGUUGCCAGACCCUGCAGUGCUGUUGGUAGUGUUUAGCUGUGCUGUCGCAGCCUGGUGAGGAGCUGGCCUGUGCCCUGGCUCUGCCCACAGGAGCUAGCUGUGCUGGGGAAAGGCAGCUAUAUCCCGUGGGCUCUGCCGCUGUGCGCUCCUCCUGGCCUGUAACAACAUCUUAAUUUUAAAAUGUGAUGUAUGUGGAUGUGACUAAACUUUUUUUUUUUAUUUCUCUGAGGAUGAGGAGCAGGAGCUCUUACGCCUUACGGUGACGAGUGGUUUUCUUGUCUGCCAGGAACAAGGUGUCUCUCCCAGCAGGUGGAAGGAGGGCAGGUGGCUGGGUUCUGUGCGGUGCAGAGGGGACAUGGCCCCUUAGCGAGUGGGGGCAGAGGAUGUGCCAGCAGGCACCUGCUGCUGGUGCUGUCAGGGCGUUUCUAGCCUUCCCCUACCAGCACAGCUGAGGGGGUGCAGCAGGCUGUUAGAGCAGGGCAGACCUGUGCAGGAAUCAGCCUGGGCAAACGUGUCCUUGGGGUUUGAGAAAAGGGUUGAAAAGGGGUUAGUGCACAAGGGCUGCCCCUGGCGAUUCCUCCCUCUGCCCCGGGCAGGGUGCUGAGCCAGGAGGGUGCUUGCUCCCCAGCCGUCAGGGCUGGCAGUGGCCUGAGGCAGGACGGUGGCUCCGUGGCGAGGGAGCUGGGAGCCUGGGGCUGGGGUUUGCUCAGAUCAACUCCAGCAAGACCCAUGUGGCAGAGGGAGGUGGGGGAUGAGCAGGGUACAAGGUGAGGGCACCCUGGGCAGCACUGGCUGUUGGUGCUGCCCCCAAAGUAGCUGGCCUAUUUAGGUCCCAAGAGCCCAGCCGGGCAAGGAGCCAGGCUGUGUCCCUUCCCCACCACACAGACUCUGCUGGGAGAGACCCAUGUGACUGGGCUGCCGUAUGUGGCCAGGGGGAGGCUGGGUUUUAACUCAAACUGAAGACUUGGAUCAUUCCUGGUGUGGCUGAUGAGGAUUUUAGUGUGAAUGUGCAAUUUUUUUCCUUGCUUCUUAUGUCCCUGGUUUAAAAUAAAAAGAUUGUGUUCA